AUGAGAGAUUAUACUACUCCUACAGACUACACCGCGCCUACUUGUCUCGUCUUAGCACCCAUAACUCAGCAGUUCGAGAUUCGACCAGCAACUAUUCAACUCUUGCCAACAUACUAUGGGAAAGAGAAUGAGAAUCCAUACAAGCAUGUCAAGGAGUUCUUCAAUUUAUGCUCAACAUUUAAUUAUACGGAAGUUAACAUAGAGCAAAUUAGACUUCGACUAUUUCCAUUCUCUCUAAAGGAUAAGGCGAAGGAUUGGUUUGACUCUCUUCCUGAAGCAUCAAUAAAUUCAUGGGCAGAUCUUUCAUCAAAGUUCAUUGCAAAAUUCUUCCCUGCAAGAAAGACAAGUGCUCUACUGACAACUAUUAUUACUUUCACUCAACCUGAGGAUGAACCUUUUCAUGAAAGUUGGGAGCGUUACAAGGAGUUAUUUCGUCAAUGCCCUCACCAUGGUUUUCAAGAUUACCAAAAGGUUGAGUACUUUUAUAGAGGACUAAAUCCUCAGACCAGGGGAAUGGUCGAUGCCACAGUAGGUGGAAGUUUGAUGAAUAAAACUCCAGAGGAAUCUAUUCAGGCUUUUGAGACUAUUUGUGAGAACUCUCAGCAUUGGGAUUACAGUGUAAGAGAUCCUAGGGCAUUGAAUUCUUCAUCAACAAAACGAGGAGGCAUGUAUGCAGUUCAAACAAGGUCAGGUUUGGAGGAGCAAGUAGCAGCAUUAACUAAGUUAUUGACACCAUUGGUGAGUAAGGUGGCAAGACAAGUCUGUGCUCUGUGUUCUAGUGAUGCCCAUGAGACUGAGAUGUGCCCAACAAAUCCUAUGAUAGAUGAGGUGCAGCAAGUUAAUGCAUUUAAUGGGAGACCUCGGAAUGAUCCCUAUUCAAAUACUUACAAUCCGGGUUGGAAACAACACCCAAACUUCUCAUGGAGCAAUAAUCAAGGAGCUGGAAUCUCUCAACCACAACAAAGACAAUAUCAGCAAGCUUAUCAACCACCCCAUGUGCAACAAGAAGACCCUUCCAUUAAAGAUAUGUUGGCUCAAAUAUUGAAGAGAACAGAAAAGUAUGAUUAUGAAGUUGCAACGUUGAAACAAAGCCAAUCAAACUUGGAAAAGAGUCAACAAAAGCUUGAAGUUCAGGUGGGACAGAUAGCUACUAUUUUAAAUAGAAUGGAGAGAGGACAAGGCCAAUUUCCAAGUCAAACUGAGGUUAAUCCAAGAGGUCAAGAGCAUGCCAAGGCUAUUACCAUAUUGAGAAAUGGAAAAGCAAUUGAUAACAUGGUAGUAAUGCCUGGAGAAGUUGAAAAUUCAACAAAGGAGGCCCUGAACCAAGAUGACCAGGUCUUAAGGCUACAAAGACCUUAG